AUGACUCUUCAGACAGACCUGAUUGUUGCCUACUGUACACUGCUGCAGCUGCAAUUGGUGCCCUGCGAGCUUCAGCGCGAGAUCGGGACAAUGAUGGCCUGCCGUGGCGGAGGAUUCCUCGCGUUCCUGAAUCGCUCACGGCAAAGGUACGAGGAGGCUUUGCGAGAGGCCGAAGCCGAGAAGGUGGAGGCUUGCGCGUCUCCCUCCGAGUCAGCACUCGAAGAGACGUCCCCAACCGAGCUGCCCCUUCCUGACAGCACCGAAGAAGCCUCCGACAGGAGCGAGGUGGCAGAAGCUGUGCAGGACCUGGCGGAGGAUGGUUGCGAAGCCGAAGGAGAGCUUCGACUGCCUGCAGAGCCAUCGGCCCAGGAGGUGGAGGACAGCGCUAGUGCAACGGCGGCAGAUCUGCCGGAGAAGCUGCAGGAUGGUUGCGAAGCCGAAGGAGAGCUUCGACUGCCUGCAGAGCCAUCGGCCCAGGAGGUGGAGGACAGCGCUAGUGCAACGGCGGCAGAUCUGCCGGAGAAGCUGCAGGAAUCCGAGAUCGAAGUCCUUGGACCGGCGUUGGCCGAUCCCGAGCGCCUGGACGAGGAGGACUCAGUUGAGGCCGAUGGCGAUGGGGACGGGGUAGAUCCGGAGAAUGUGAAGGCGCACUUGGCAAAGCGGCGAAAGCGCCUCGCAACGCAACUCUUUGCCGUGCCCGGUCGCAGACGGAGGAUGCUGGCGGAGUCCUGGCCCAAGGACUCCCAGUCCCAGAUUGCCACGGCCGUGAAUGCCAAGGUCGAGCUCCAGGGACUGAAGCAGGAGGUUCCGAUCAAGAGGGAGGCUGUGAAGCGCGAGCUGGCUGCUUUCCCUUCCGAUCCAAGUAGUGCGGAGGACGCGCCUCCGGGCGCACUGCUGAAGCGACGCAGACGAGGUGCCGGUGCAGAGAGACCCGAGGCUGAUGCUGUGGACGACAGGACUCCAGAAAAUACAGGCCGCAUGCUGCAAGGGUUGCCACAUGCCGACUUACUCCGCUUGGCCGGGCAGCUGGAGCACCGCUACCUGGGCACCGAGUGGCAGUCCAUGCCAGUGGAUGAUUACGCGCAUCCCUAUGAGGACUCCAUCGAGAAGUUUACGACCUACGAAGACUACCUCGACAGCCAAAUCACACCUCAGGACCGUUUCUACCUUGAGGAAGACGAGCUCGCUCGACAGCUCGUUGAGAUAGGAUGCAGGAAAGGGGAGGUGUUGACCAGGGAGGAUUUCGCUGCAAGGCGGGAGGCGGCUGAGAACGCCAAGAAGGCGCGUCUGCAGAGCGCGCCGAAGGUGCUGGCAAGUGCGCAGAAAAAGCUGACGGACUUCCCAGUUCUUCGACACCUUGCAUGUCGGGAGGAGUUGGUGCGCAGUGGUAAGCUCAGCACCAUCAUCUUCAUCCGCGAUAAAAAUCAUCGUGGACAGGAGAUCUCUGGAUACAUAGACUACGGCCACCGUCUCAAGACUGAGAACUUCGAGCCGUACUUCGAGCGGAAGAAGCGCCUCCUGCCGAAGUCGUCUGACUUGUCCUUCUACAACUGGGACACGCAGCACUCGACCUCGAACGAGAGUCCCAACUUCCAGAUCCUGCCGGACCACGAGCAGGGCCUGCUCUUCAAGAACAAGCGUGACCGGAAGGUGCUCAGCGUCGACCCCAGGUCCGAGCCUGGUGACAACUCCAAACGCCUGGAGGUGCCGACCACCGAGUACAUCCAAGUGGUGAUCUUUGAUCAUAUGACGCGUAAGAAAAGCUGA